AUGGCUCUUUUCGACGGCUCACGCCCCGUAUCUGUCCAUGACAUAAGGCAGUUUACCGCUCGGGAGACUAGUAAUGCUAGAAGGGUCGUUGCUGCCACAAAGCUCGUGCAUUGGUACCGAAAUGCACAGCUCAGAAAGUACGCACGGAUCCGUCUCUCCCUUCAAAAGGCCUACUAUAGAGGCCUGGUAAGAAUGACAUUUACGCGUUGGAUUCGGUAUUUUAGAAUUUUGAAGACCUCUAGGACACGGAUUUAUCGCUACAUUUUUGACCAAUGGAGAGAGUCUAUAAAGGAGACAAUUACAUCUGUGCGUUACUAUGAAAUGAAGCUGCUUGCACGUGUCUUUUUUCUCUGGCGGAUGGAUUCAGGGAGUCGUAUUUGCUAUAUGGAAUUAUUGACAAAGGACAGAGGGCUUGAUCCACACGUGAGGCAGCGCCUUGAAAUGUUAAAGCUUCGUAGUAUCUUGCUGUUCUGGCGUGCCCGGCAGGUGCUAUCAAAGUGUCUCAACAUCGGUUUGGAGCUGACUGUGAGCAUAGGUGUAGUCGCCAGCAAGGUACCUCAAAGCUCUUCCAGCCCCAUCUGGAAAGGGUAUCUAUAUUAUCUCAACUCUUUUGGGGUCAUAGAAUCAACGAUAUCUUCUAAGCUAUCUGCAAGGCUCUUGUGGGAUUCGUUUGCUAGCUGGAAGCAUAAGGCUGUUACUAUCUUGCGGAGAAAAAAGUUGGAGGUGGGGGUGCGUGAACUGGAACUGAGAUGGCUUCGGCCAUUCUUCAAAUCAUGGGUUCUACUCCACCGGACUCGCCUCUACAUUCUUGAUCACGCAAUUGUUCGGUGGCAGCUAGUUCUUUCUGUACACAUUAGGCAUGCAGAGGCAGUACGGGCUGCACUUGAGCUUCGCAAAUAUGCGCUCAAAAGGAGCCACUUCAAUAGCUGGACAAGGUAUCUCUUUGCCCGUGAGCUGCAUGCCCGUCACCAUUGUUUAGAGAAGGUUUAUGGCAUGGCAGAUAACGGUCACGAGAGGAGCUUUGUGUGCUCUGGCUGGUUAAAGUAUGCUCUGUUCUUUGUCCACAGUCUCUUAAAAGAUUAUUGCCUGCAAGCAACUGCAUUCAGAUGCCUGCACAAGCUUAGAUGUGCCAUUGACGCCCCUAGGUGCUGGCGGAGGUUGACCGUGCUUGCUUGCGGGACCUAUUAUAUUAGUCGCUUGCGCCUUUAUCUACGGGCGUGGGCCUUUGUUGCUUUUAAGAUGAAGACAAUAGAGAAGAGACAGCGAUCGUUUUGUGCCAUCGACGACAUUGUUUUCCAGCCUGCAGAUAUAAAGCUGUUGCAUGACAAGCACAAUGCUGAGCUCGCAUGUCCUGAGAGUCUCUUUCUCAUGGGGCUGAUCUCCAAAAACAGUAGGAUCCAGCCUCAUCGUCUGGCGGUUCUGUGCAAAGGGGACAAGCAUAAUUGCUUAUUACUAAUGAAGCUACGCAGGUAUAUCUCCUAUCAGCCAACUGGAACUAUACACUGUUUGUAUAGGGGGCUGGAUGAUAGUGACGCGAUGGCAAGCGUAGAUCGACUUUUAUUUAAGUUUGCCAUUGUGGCCAUGACACGCCUUGGUAGCUAUAAUACCUGUUACAUAGAAGCAUAUCGGAGUGAGUCCACACUCAAACUAGAGAACCCUGCACAACAUCGUCAAGCUAUGGCACUGGUCCAGCGGAACCUAGCAAUACGAUAUCAUGAAUUUUUAGCCGCAACCGAUCUACUCUAUGCUGAUCUCUACACUAAUGGACCCCAAUCCCCUUCUGAAAAGAGGAUUGGUGCAUACAUCUCUGGAAAAUUUCCUCAUAUUAGAAAGGCGCUGGACACAGAGUCGGUUACUCUAUUGACGACGGCCUUUCUGCUAGAGACACCAGCUAUCAUGUUUACAGAUAGAAGAAGUGUGAUCUCCUCUAGCUUCUUACUACAGACGUGGAUGGGACACAGGCAAUCCUACGCCUCGCAACAAAAAGACAGGCCGCACCAUGAGGACUUUCUUCAGUCUAUUACCGCAGAUUCUAUCUCUAUUGUUGAUAAUGUAUAUUUUACGGGGCUAAGUCGCGACUUUAAUGCAAAAGGAGUGACUACGCUACUAGGCCCCAAUGUUUUCCCUGUUGACAACUCUAUUACCGCAGCAGAACGUGCUUCUUUAUGUAUGCAGCUCGAAGUGAUAAAGAACAAACGCUUUUCUGUUUCGUCAGAGGCAGAGUGCUGGCUUCUGGGCGCUAUUGCCAGUGCAUCAGAGCGUGAGCUCCAGCUGUCGGCUAUUUAUAGAAGAAGACUUUAUCUAAGACAAGCAUCUCGUCUCCUAGCCUCGCCAAUCCGCCAAGUUCCCUCGCAGCUCGCCCCUCUCGACGCUCUCGAUAAUGAUGUUAGCAACGUCUCUGUUGCACCAGACGAAGAGCCUCUAGGCGUCACACAUCUGUUUCAGCGUGCUCGAACCAUCCAGGUGGAUCGCUUUACAACAACAUUGAUUUCGACGGAUGCAACACGUGUCACAGUGGACGAGAUGAAGCAUCUCGUUGAAACUGUGCGAACAUCUGUUGUACAUCCGUCUCUACUUACAUACAUAAAUGCAAAAGCGCCGGAAGGUGAAGCAGCAACCACAAUGGAGAUUGCCGUUCCGGUCGAGUUAGAACCUCCAACCAGAUCAUUUGAUGAACUCCUGAAGCUAGAAAGGAAGAUCACUAGUACCGCCGUGAGAAUUAUAGAGAGAUCAUUCAGUAUUGCUCCCCUUAGCCAAAUCAACACAGGGUCGUUUUGUAUGCUCCCAGAUGAGCAAUUGGUUAAUUCAUCUGAUUUAAGCUUUCUGCAAUCUUCGCAACUACUUAGUAGGCAGAAUUCUUAUGUAUCUCCAUCUUUUGAGCAAUACUCCCGUCCAACGGGACAGCACUUAAAGCCACGAAAUUCUACCAAGAAUUCCACACAGGUGGACAAGUCUCGGCGCUUAUCGUCGAAGAAGAAGUCUAAGCGUAAGUCAGGGAGCCUUUCUGCACACCCUGUUGCCAAGCAAAAGAAGUCUAAGCCAACUCAUGGCAUUCGCAAGUUAGAGCAAGGGAGGGUGUGUAGGACAGCAAGCUCUCCCAAUAAACGGAAAGAAAAGGCCUAUACAGCUAUUGAGAGAGAGUGCUCGUUUUAUUCUCAUGAUUCUAGUACUUCCUAUCAAACUAUAAGCACGGGUUCCUUCCAUAUACAUGCCUCUGAUGAUACUCAUGAUGAUGCAUCUCAUGAAGCCGUCAAUAUACACGGACAAGCACAUAUGCCAUCUGACAGCGACGCGUCUAAGCCAACAGUGAGCCUUCGUCCAUACCCCUCCUACUACUCCUCUAUUGCAGAUGGGAGGCUGUCCUCUGGGCGUGCAUUUUUGGGGAAAUUGUCUAGCAGGCCUCAAACAACGGCUCCUUACUUAACUAGGCGCAUAAAUAACAGUCAACGUAGCAGCGAUACAGAGAGUUCUGACGAUAUCAAGUUCCAAAAGCAGCACAGGGUAGCGUCUGCAAUAAGCUAUGGAGCUCAUACCAAGAAAAAGCAUGAACUAGGUGGGCACAGUGCUGGCUCUAGUAUAACAACUGUCGCCCCUACCACUGCGUAUGUUGACGCAGCCUUGCCAACUAAGCAAUUCAUUGAGGCACGGCUGACCUCUGGUCAGUUCACUUUAGAUCUCUUGACACGCUACCAAAGGACACUUCUAUCCCUUCGUAUUUGGAAGAAAUCGUUCCAGUGUUCAACGUAUAUCUUGCCAGAGUCUAUCACAUUCUUCCCAGAGAUGGAUCUCAAGUUCUAUGCUCUCUCAUCUGGACGAGCAGUUUUGUCACUGGAUACAAUCAUUGACACAAUUCUCUAUGACAACAUUAUGUUUUUGUAUGACAACGAAGACCCGGAUGAAGUGUUCCGAGAGAUCUGGCUGACAGAUCCUCAAUUUGUUGACGUGAACACGCAGGACAAUGCUAUCUCCGUACCUUCAAUUGUUCACCUGCACUUCACUAGGUUCUGGGACUACAUAAAAAUGCUAUCGGAUGAAUACACAUAUGAGAUAGCGUAUGAAGGUGAUUGUGCACUAGGAGACAAAGUUCUGCGCCCUACACGUUCUGCACCGAUCCUCUAUGGCAGAAUGCUGUGCUGCUCGAUGGCUGAGGCAGCUAACAUGGCUAACAGUCUUGCAGAAGCAGCAGUCUCGUCCUUAUUAUAUAAAGCAUCCUUCCCAUCUAGUGCACGAUCCCGCAGCGGAACGGCUGCCUUUUCACAGCUGACCCUUGAUGACCUGAGCGCUGAACUUGCAUUUAGACAGAGUGCCCGUUAUAACCAUUUUCUUGAGAAACUAACCACAGCCCCGUCAUGCACUUCUCUACCAACAACGCAGAGAAAACGCCUCUCAGAGUUAGCUACUCCACAGAUGAGCAGUUCACGACCUUCACCUAGACCAAUAUACUCCGUUGUUAAUAUGUCUCUGUGUGACGAUAAUGUAGUCGCUGUUAGCAUUUCCUCCCCCCACCUUUGGUCACGAGAAGGAUCAUGCCCUCCUGCUGAUUCAUUUGCAGAGGUGGCAAGCCCUCGUCCGGACUCCCAGUCCCACAAUCGGGCGUACAGGGGUCACCUUUCAUACACCCCCAAGAUGGCCCGUUUAGCAGUAGAUACAGACAUGAUAACAAUGCCGAGUGCUUCGCAUUACCUCCGGUCAAGCUCAACGCCUUCUAAAAUGACAAUCCCCCAGCCUCUUAGUCAUUUGACAAUCGAUGAAUCCUUGCUUACGGUCAAAGCAGAGCCAGAGCUACCUAUAGUUGCUCCGGAAAUUAAGCCGUUUCUUAUAUCCAAUAGCGUAACAGAAAGGUUCACGAGCACAAUCCAUAAGACAAAAGAGAUCUCACCUUCUGGCAUUAGAAAAAUGCAAAGUGGAAAGAUUGGGGCUCUGGCUUAUUCUGAAUCACGAGAGGUCCUGUUGUCACGACCGGCGUCUAAAAGCAUACUCGACAAAACUCCGUCACUGACUGGCAUUCUCUCAGAUAACAGGGCCGACUCACUGACUCCGCUGGACGACGCUCUUGAUAGAGAGCUGAGAUCGGCGACGUGUAGCACAAAGAACAAGUUAUGUGGUGUGAUAGAAGAAGGCACAGAGCCCUCCCCUAAUCAUAAAGAGCAGGGUUCCUUUGAGUCCCUUCGCGAUCUUCGUGAUAGUCUCAUGGUACAUAAGUGGGGAGAUAUGCGUCUUCUUGGGCAGAAGGACACUAGAAUAUGCAGCGCUUCUGAGUGUACACGUGCUACUAGCAGCCCACAGUUAGGCCACCGUGGAGAGUCUCUAGACUGCACUAAAAAGAGAACUGUAAAGAUUGGUGACAACUACUCCUCGAUAGCUUCGCUCGCAGAAGCUUCGCCUACACUCACGUGUCUUAGCAUGGUCCAAGCAGACGACCAACCUCACACCCAUGAACAGGUUGGGGUGUACCAACCACGGAUCAGCAAAUCAGUUCAGCGAGAUCGUUCUCCCAAUAGGCCGUCCUCUGGUCUAAAGGUAUUCUGCUCAUCAUUACAGGCACCAGAACACAAGGUUGAUGAGGUAAAGCAUAUGCAGAGGCAAAAUAGGAUAUUGAUAGAACGCAUCACUCCCUUGCCAUCCACUGAUCAACUGAUUGAAAAGAUGGGUCCAGCAAUACCUUCACUAAUGGCGCCAGUGAGCAACCAAGAAGACUUUGGGAGCCUGAAGUUUCCUCUGGGAGACAUUGGGGAAACCUGCAAACACGUUGCCCACCACAACAAUCCAAUUAACCUCCAGUUCAGCCUUGAUGAUGCAGCAGGUACACCCCAUAAAGAUACAUAUAAAAACACAGCAUUAAGCCAUGGUUUGGAGGUAGUAUCUAUAACAAAUGGCAAAGUAGCGGAAACUCCCGCAACUGAAGACCUUCCAUCUAGAUGCCCACGAAUAAAAACCCAAAUACAGGGAGUCCUUUUCAAAGGUAACCGGGAGUCGGCUCAUCACACGAUAAAUGCAUUGAAGAAAGAUCAGGUUGUGCUGAGUGCAAAGCAGAACUACAGGCAAUGCCUCUUCAACAAAUCCGUCAACUUCGAACAAAAGACUUUUAACAGCAUCCUCCGUCCGCAUGAGAUAGAUAACAAAUAUAAGGAACUGCGAGAAAAGGUAACGUCAAGAGUUGGAUCGCGUGCACCCUCAAGGCUAAGCUCUAGAGGGGACUUUGACUCCAGUAAGGGCUCACCUCCACUUCGACCACUUCUUACUAGUCCGGGUCGUCGCCGUGAAAACCUUCUUGUGAUAACCAUGGACCCCCCUACGCAAGCUGAGACGACAACAGAUGAGAUGGAGUCAACCGACGUUGGAAUUAGAAUCAACGAACGGUUGUUUGGGAUUGGUUAUGUAUACUGA